GGCACUCGCGUAGUCGCCUAUCGCGUUGACAGUGAAUAGUGAAUACACACACACAUAUAACAAAUAAAAAGUUUGACGUUUUAAUUUCGACGAAGAAAAAAAAUAAUAAUAUUAUUUUGUCAUAAUAUUAUUAAAGAGUUUUCAAGAAAAAUUAAUAAUUAAUUUGAAAUUAACUGAAGAAAAUUUUUACGUUUUACAAUGGAGUGGUUAUUUGGAAAACGAAUAACACCUGAACAAAUGCUCAGGAAUAAUCAAAGAGCCUUGAACAAAGCAAUGAGAGAUCUUGAUAGAGAAAGAUCAAGAAUGGAACAACAAGAAAAAAAAAUUAUUGCUGAUAUUAAAAAAAUGGCUAAAGAUGGACAAAUGGAUGCUGUUAAAAUUAUGGCCAAAGAUCUUGUUAGGACACGUAGAUAUGUUAAAAAAUUUAUGCUAAUGAAAGCAAAUAUUCAGGCAGUAUCUUUAAAAAUUCAAACUCUUCGUUCACAAAAUGCAAUGGCUGGUGCAAUGAAAGGUGUUACCAAGGCCAUGCAAAGUAUGAACAAACAAUUAAAUUUACCACAAAUACAAAAAAUUCUUCAAGAAUUUGAAAAACAAUCUGAAAUUAUGGAUAUGAAAGAAGAAAUAAUGAAUGAUGCCAUUGAUGAUGCAAUGGAAGAUGAGGGUGACGAAGAAGAGAGUGAUGCUGUUGUUUCUCAAGUACUUGAUGAAUUGGGUCUUCAAUUGACGGAUCAAUUAUCAGGUCUUCCACAAGCUGGUGGAUCACUCAGUGUAACUGGAUCAAAACAACCAGUUGCUGCUGCAGCUGCUGGUGCUACUGCAGGUGGUGGUGAUGAAUUGUCUGAUGCUGAUGCUGAUCUUCAAGCAAGACUUGAAAAUCUUCGACGAGAAUAAAUACUAAUUUCAUCAAUAAUGCUCUUUUUUUUUCUUUUUUUUUUUUUUCAUUGUGAUAAA